UCGAAGCAUAGAGUGUCAGUUCAGCAGGAGAAUUGGUGGCGAAUGCAGUGAGUUCUUUGUUGCUGUCGCGUCAACCAGUGGCCAAAUUACAUUUGAAACUGUUAAUAGGAGUGUGAGAGGAAGUUCACCGCCCAAAUCCACUUGUUGUGACACUCUUGCGGAGUGGCUCUGAGAAUUUCACAAGUGCGUUCUGGGGAAAUUGAUUAGCAAAUCAAGCGUGCUUUCACCAGGAGUGUUGCCAGGGCAGGAGGAAAAAGGAAGUGUGCGCGCGGGAUCAUUCACCUUUUGCGAAAGGACAGUGCGAAUGACCUGAAGAGAGUGUCUGGGGACAUCCCUAUAUAGUGUUUGUGCGUAGAAAAACUCUCCCACAGUGACCAUUGAGAACUCUUUAGUGUUUCUUGGAUUUGUAACAUGAGAUAAAUCUCUUCUCACACACUCUCUCGAUUAAUUUGGUUCUCUCGGUGUCAAUUGUGCACUCGCAGAACAUCAACAAUGUCGCUGGAUUGUGGAACAUGGAUCGCCAAAUACGUGCUGUGCCUAUUCAACUUCAUCUUUUUCAUUCUCGGCACAGUGGUUCUUGGCAUUGGAAUAUGGCUCGCGGCGGACAAAUCGUCCUUCGUGGCGCUGCUGAAGAUGGUGGAGAAUGAGCACGUGGAGCAAUUCACUCAGCCCGCCGUCAUUGAUCAACUCGCCUAUGUCCUCAUAGUUUGCGGAAGUGUAACAUUCCUGCUCAGUUUUUUGGGCUAUUGUGGUGCCAUUCGAGAGAGCAAAUGUCUCCUAACAACGUACGCAUCCCUGAUGAUCUUGAUCCUCGUGGCGGAGAUUGCCGUGGGAAGCAUCGCGGCCGCCUAUAAGGAUCGCACAAAGGCCGAGACGAAGACCUUCCUGCAGUCAACAAUAACGCGAUACUACUCCACGAAAGAGCACACGGACGCCGUGACUCUCAUGUGGAAUCACAUAAUGGCUCAGAUGUCUUGCUGCGGCGUGAAUGACUACAAAGACUUCAGCUCGUCGGAGAAUUGGAUGCGUGACCGGGGCAACAGGACCAUUCCCGAGGCGUGCUGUGUGCUCACCGACAAGUCCAUGCUGGAGCUGAGGGAUCCCAACUGCCCAUACUCACCGUCAGAGUCCAACAGCUUCUACAGGAAGGGUUGCUACGAGACCGUCCUCGAGUGGAUAAUGUCACAUCAGACCCUGAUUAUUGGCGUGGGCAUUGGAAUUGGCCUCAUUCAACUCCUGGCCAUCUUCCUCGCCUUCUGCCUGUGCAAAGCCAUUGACAAAUUCCGCGGAAUGAGACUCUAAAUGGGGCUCAGCAUACAAAAGGAAACCCCGGAGAAAUCACUCGAAUUCACCCUCUCUCCCGCGCCCCCCGAACCCAAUCAAAAGAAAAGGAAUAAAUCAAAACUCAUUGUACAAUGUCUCUUUGUGUCCUCAUGCGAUAAUUUGUCCCACAAGUGAAUCUCACGUUUUUUUUUCUUUCAUUCUUUCAAAUUGUUAUACUGAGGAGAAAGAGCGCAGUAAAAUUAGAUGUAAGGAGAGAAAAAAAAUCACGAAAUAUCAGAGCUAUUGUGUAAACUGUUUAGAAGAAGGCAAUAUAAUUUCUAUCUGAAGCGA